AUGUUCCAGAAAAAGGAUUUACCGUCCGUCCUGUUCCUCGCAUUGCUCAUCCUCAUCGUCAUUCUUACAUUAUGUCAAAUUCUCGUGGUCCAUCGACAUGACCAGAGAGGAUAUCAUGUUUCUAAAAAGGAGCAGCUCAUCCAAAGAAAGAAAAUGUACCGUGAAAUGAUAGGAAACCAUAACUUUAGAAAAUACAAAAACAUAGCCAAGAUGGAAGUGUUUCGUCGUAAGAUAGAAACCAUCAUUACUAAAUUAAACCGGGAAAAUAAUAUCAAUAACUCUUCGAACAUUACUGGAUACAAUAGUGAUAUCAACGUGAACGCUGGAACCAUAACACACAGUACUGGAGAGACUGGAAAUAUAGUUCUUUGUGAUCCAGUACCCCCGAACCUAGUAGGAGAAAUUUCCGUCCAGAACUGUGACGCGACAUGUCGCCUGGAAUCGAGACUUGCUGUUGUGUCAGGUGGUUACUGGAAACCCAAAGCCUGCGUAUCGCGUCAUCAUGUGCUUAUUGUAAUUCCAUUCAGAGAUCGGUGGCGACAUUUGACAAUUCUUUUACAUAAUUUAGUUGGUAUGCUCCAACGUCAACAACUGGAGUUUAGGAUUUUAGUCGCUGAGCAGUUUGGCAACGCUACGUUCAACAAAGGGCGAUUGAUGAAUGCUGCAUUCUUGGAAGCAAAUAAACGUUUUCGUUUCCAUUGUGCAAUUUUUCAUGAUGUCGAUCUAGUGCCUGAAAAUGAUAGAAAUCUAUAUUGCUGUCCAUGGCAGCCCACUCAUCUUUCGGUUGCUGUGGAUGAAAUGCAUUACAGACUGAAGUAUGACUUGCUUGUCGGUGGCGUUCUUGCUAUGACCUCAGAGCAUUUCCAACUUGUCAAUGGAUAUUCUAAUGAAUAUUGGGGCUGGGGUGCUGAAGACGACGAUAUGGCUUACAGAAUAUUGCUCUCCGGUUUACGUAUAAUGCGUCCAUCUGCUGUAGUAGCUCGAUACCGGAUGCUUCGGCACGAAAAAAGGGAGCCUUCUACAUGGAGUUCAAGAACAAAAUUACUCAAAAGUGUUAAUAAACGGUUUCAAAUGGACGGACUGGUAAAUGUGCCUUACAGACUUGUAUUCAGUCGAGACCAGCCUCUAUUUGUACACAUGAUGAUUGACGUAGGCCGGCCGGGGUAA